CACCUGUCUCACUCGUAACAUACUUUGCCACGCAGCCCUCCUGUCUCCCUCCCUAAUAACUGCUUUUCCUCCCUCCCUCCGUCUCUCUUUUUCUUUCUUCUAUGUGGAAUCAAGCAAACUGCAAACACGCCUUCGGUUUGAUGAUGGAGAUAAGGACAGUGAAAGUUAGCAAUGUCUCCCUCGGUGCAACGGAACAUGAUUUAAAGGACUUCUUUUCCUUCUCUGGUGAUAUUGAAUACAUUGAAAUUCAAGGUGACAACGAGAGGUCUCAGGUUGCAUAUGUUACCUUCAAGGAUUUCAAGGGGGCAGAAACUUCAGUGCUUCUUUCGGGAGCAACAAUUGUCGAUCAGUCCGUUACCAUAGAUCUGGCUCCAGAUUACAAGCUUCCAGCUGCUGUGGCUUCAGCACUUCCAACUGCAACGGAAAAUGUUAAUCCUGUUGGUGCUCAACCUGCUGUUCACAACGCAGAGGAUGUCGUGAGCAGCAUGCUCGCCAAAGGAUUCGUUUUGGGGAAAGAUGCGAUCAACAAGGCAAAGGCCUUUGAUGAGAAACACCAGCUUAGUUCCACUGCAACGGCCACAGUUUCUUCUUUGGACCAAAAGAUUGGUUUCACUGAUAAGCUUAGUGCUGGCACAACCAUGGUAAAUGAUAAGGUGAAGCAAAUGGAUGAAAGGUUUCAGGUUUCUGAGAAGACCAAGAUUGCGUUUUCAGCUGCUGAGCAAACGGUGAGUAGUGCUGGAUCUGCAAUCAUGCAGAAUCGUUACGUAUUAACUGGGACAUCAUGGGUAACCGAUGCUUUUAAAAGGGCUGCCAAGGCAGCAACAGAAGUGAGCCAGAAGACGGCGGAUAAGGUUUCAGCGCAGGAAGAGGGUGGAAGGAAAGUGGAAGAAAGUGGUCCGGUCCAUUAGUGAGUCCAUUCUCCAACAUCUGCUAGCUACUAAAAGCAACCUUCCCAGCCUAGCACGGAACCAAGGGUUCACGGUCUCAUUUGCGUAAGCUUUUAAGUAGUGUUAUACAAAGUUGAUAUUUCCUUCUACAAGUACACGGUUGGCAGUAGUAGCAGCAGUACUUUCCUGUUUGUUUGGAAAUGGAAGUUGUAAUUUAGAGGAGGAGGAAUUGAUGUUACGUGUGAUGUUCUCAUGAAUGAAAACUUUGAUGUUCUUUCGUUGCA